CCUUUGUUCAGUUCAUUAAUCCUGACCGCGAAUUUUUCUCUCUCCAAACAAUCAAAAGCAGCUCAAAUCUUUCUUUCCCCUCUGUUUGGAUUCCGAGAAUCGUCGCGAAACUCCGAGAAAACAAAGCAAGAAAUACUCAGAAAAACCAUGUCCUCUUGUUCUUCCAUUUCCUCCUCCUUCCGUCUCUUCACCACCAAAAUCCCAACCUCCUCCUUCCUCCCCCGCAGAUCCCCAAACCCCCAACCUUUCCUCUUCUCGCGACGAAUCACCUUCGAGAGAAUCGCCGCCGCCAAUCCGCCGCCACUAUCAGUCUCGGUCUCAUCUCCAAGCCCGACUUCACUGCAAGCCGCCGAGGAAGAACUCCCUCCGAAGCUUCGAGAAAUCGUACGGCUCUUCCAGUCCGUACAGGAGGCGAAGGCGAAGUACGAGCAGCUUCUCUUCUACGGAAAGAACCUGAAGCCUCUGGAGGAGGUUCAUAAGACGAGGAAGAAUAAAGUCGAAGGUUGUGUUUCGCAGGUAUGGGUAAGGGCUUACCUUGAUUCGGAGAGGAACGUGGUUUUCGAGGCGGAUUCGGAUUCGGUACUCACCAAGGGACUGGCGGCUCUGCUGGUUAAUGGAUUGUCCGGCCGGCCCGCGGAGGAGGUGGUUAGGAUUUCGCCGGAGUUCGUUGUGCUGUUAGGGCUUCAGCAGAGCUUGACGCCGUCGAGGAAUAAUGGAUUCUUGAACAUGUUAAAGUUGAUGCAGAGAAAGGCACUCGAGUUGCUCGUGGAAGCCGAAAAGGGCAAGGGAAGCUCAAAUUCGGAGGCGAAAAGCGAUUUUGGGGAGAAAAUUGAGGGUUUUGAGGGUCGAGUGGGGGUGGAAACGAGCGGAAGAAGCGAAAUUGGGCCGAAUUCGGAGCUGAAAAGCAUUGAUGAAGUCGAAAGUUCCGGUUUUGGAGAGAAAUCUGAGGGUUCGGCGGUUCGAACGAGCGCGACGAGCGAAAUUGGGGCGAAUUCGGGGAAUUUGGGAAGCAGGGGAAUGAGGGUUAGGGAGAAAUUGCAGAAGGAGCUUAGUCCUGUGGAGUUGGAAGUGGAGGAUAUAUCAUAUCAGCAUGCUGGGCAUGCUGGGGUGAGAGGAAAUGAUGAUGGAGAAACUCAUUUCAAUGUGAGAAUUGUGUCAAAGGAGUUUGAAGGGAAGAGUUUGGUGAAGAGGCAUAGGCUUGUUUAUGGGUUGUUGCAGGAGGAGUUGGAGAGUGGGCUCCACGCCUUGUCAAUUGUGGCAAAGACGCCUUCUGAAAUUGGUGGGCAAUGAAG